AUGGACACAUCAACUGCACCAGUCUCCCAGGAAGGAGAAGGCCAUCUUGAGCAUCGAUUCUCGCGGCUUACCAUGAUAGGCCUGACCUUUGGCAUUCUCAACACCUGGAUCUGUCUCGCCGGCUCACUCGGCAUCGUCAUGCCAUCCGGCAGUUCUGUUUCUUUCCUCUACGGCUUCGUCUUCUGUGUCAUCUGCAAUCUUUGCCUGUCAGCUAGUGUGGGAGAGCUGAGCUCGAUCCGGCCUACAGCGGGAGGGCAAUACCAUUAUGCGGCAUUCUUUGCUGCUCAAUUCAUAUCGGCGGCGGCAGUUGUCGGAUCGGACGGCGCAUAUGAGAUCACUCCAUGGAAGACGUACCUCAUCUUCUUGGGCGUAUCAACAUUCACAGUCCUGCUCAACAUUUUUGGCUACCGCAUUCUGAACCGGUGGAAUGAAUUCGCCUUGUUUUGGUCCGUCUUGGGAUGUAUUGUGGUAAGCAUUACGAUACUGGCUACAGGGAAGAAGACAUCUGCCAAACAUGUCUUCACAAACUUCACCAAUUCUACGGGCUGGAGCGACGGCAUGGCAUGGAUCCUGGGGCUCUUGCAGUCUGCUCUUUCAUUGAUUGGUUUCGAUGCGCCACAACGCGACGCUCCGCAAGCCAUGGUGGCCGCAGUUGGCAUUGGUGGAACAACGGGCAAUCUCUUCAUCUUAGUGAUGCUAUUCAGCCUUGUUGACGUUGACGCCAUCCUCUCCACCAACACAAAUGUGUCUGUCACAGAGAUGAUAUAUCAGGCGACGAGAAGUCGAGCGGCUGCAGUGGUGCUCAGCUGUGCUCUGGCUAUUUGCUUUGUUAAUGGGACGAAUGGAUGCGUCACCUCCGGAAGCCGAUUGCUGUGGGCAAUGGCAAGAGAUAAUGGAUCGCCGUUUUCAAAAUUCCUCUCCCACAUUACACCUGGCUUGAAUGUCCCAAUGCGCGCCAUUCUGGCGGCGGCAGUCUUCAACAUGCUCUUCGGACUGUUAUAUCUCGGUCCCACUGUUGCCUUUAACGCCUACUGCGCUAGCUGUACAAUAUUUCUGAACAUGAGUUAUGCCAUUCCUGUGACGAUCCUACUUCUGUGUGGACGGAAGCUCGUCAACAAAAACCGACCUGUUUUCUUCCUGGGUCACAUUGUCGGCUAUGUGGUGAAUUGGACAUCGGUGCUCUUCUUCUUCUGUUUCCCACGAUUCCUUCCGGUUGAUGCGUCCACAAUGAACUAUGUAGCCGCUGUCGUCGGUAUUUUCCUCAUUUUUGCCACUGGACUUUGGCUGGCAAAGCGCGGCCAAUACAAUGGACCGCAAUUUGAGAUCAUCCUGGGAGAAGACGUGCUGGCUGCAACUCCUGCGAUCGAAGCGGCCAAAGGGGGGAUGGAACAUCGAGAGCAGGUAUAA